AUGGAUUUGCGUGCAAUAGAUAUGCUUUUUAGCAUCGUAUGUGCAGUAGCAACAAUUGUAAUCAGCGCACCAACCAUGACAAGUGAACCAGAGACAUCAAGGAAGGGUGGUAAAGAACAAUCAAUGGGACACAGUAUUCGUCACUUCUCCCGCUUUAGAAACUACAUGCUUGCCCUGCUAGACGAUAAUCAAGACAAUACAAUACUAAAAGAAAACAACCUCAUGGACACUUUACUAUCAAGCCAAAAAACAUUUAAAAAUCAACACCAUAUAAAAACCAAGAAGCGAAAAAACAAAUCAUCUAAGAAGGCUAGGAAAUGGCAACAUAAAGACACUAAAAUGUUUGUCGAUGCUUGCAAAUCCAAAUCUCAGUUCGAAAGAGUAACGACUGGUAUAAAUAUGGAUAUGGAAACGGUGGAGGUCCUGCCGAAUACAUUUGUGUGGACGAGUAAAUGUGUUAAAGAAAAUUCGAAAUGCCACAGUUAUGGUUACGGCGUAGAAACACAAUGUCAACAGAAAAAUGGCUGGGUGCAAGUUGUUUCCAGACUAUCACCCGAUCAUGCAUGGAAACACGAUUGGAUAGUUGUAGAAAAUGGUUGCAGUUGUGCUAUCAGGCGCAUUGAUUAAGAAAUCAAAAUAUAUACACGUAUUUUUGUAUUCACUUAAUUCUAGACGUAUGAAUCGUAUUAAUUUGUGAUUUGUUAGACAUAUUGUUAUUACGUUCUUUUGUCAUAUCACUGUUUGUGAGACGAAUUAUCUCGUCAUUAUUAAGGUCCUUUUUGGUCCUAUUUGACCAUUAAAUAUAGGUCCAUAUGGUAGGGAUACUUUUGCUUUGAUGUUUCACUGUUGCAAUCAAAUAUCUUAAUUUGUCCACUAUAAUCUUGGCUAAGUAAUGGACGAUCCAUUUCGACUAGAAUAUAAUGUUAUUCUAAAAUACUAAAAUAUGAUCUUUUCAAUUC